AUGGUUAUUGGACUUAUGAUUAUUAUGGCGAUUCCGACCAUCACAGGGACUGCACAGGCCUAUUCUGCGCAGAAGACUCAGGAGGAUCGCAAAAAGGAGGAGAAGCGCAUGAAGAAGUUCUACAUCGACGUAGGAUGCGACGCCGAAUUUCGAGGCGUAGAGAACAUUCGUGGUCACAGAGUGGUGCUGCGCAAUGACAGGGUCUAUCUUGGGCCUACAGAGGCCACAAAUCCGUCGCGCGAUGGCUAUGUUGCGGAAGCGUUCUAUAUUGAGUACCCAGACAGCGAGAGAAACCCUGUGCCACUCGGGCUCGUGAGUCAGACCCGUGCGGAGCCGCCUCUUCUGAACUGGAUAUAUGUCGACAAAGAGACGGCCGAGCUGAAGUACGGCAAUAAGACGCAGAGCAUAGAGCACAUGGUUGGACCUUGGGACUGGACGAAGGACGAAUCGAGGAUAACUUUCACCAAGAAACAGCUCUUCAUUGCUGUUGAAGACCCGCGGUCAAAGGUCUGGCAAUUGUACUACGAUAUCGAUGAUGAUGGACUGGCUAAAUUCGUGACGGGUAAAAGACGGAAGAGGAUGGUCUACGUUGACCUAAACCGUACUGAGAUGCCAGAGACUUGA